GCUUUGGGGGUCAUUCAUAAGACUGAGAGCUACGGCCACCACUGGGACACGCGGAGCUGGGACUUGGGGACUUGAUUGUUGUGGUUGUUGGGGCUGCGGAAUUCUGUUUAUUAUUUUUUUCUUCCGGAAAGUUUUUGGAAGGAUUCUUCUGGAUAAUUCUACAUUUUACUUUGGAGGACCCACUUACUUUUUUUCGUCCUCUUUAUUACUCCCUUUCCCUUGGGGGACCCGCCGGACGCGUGGAGGAGACAGCACCUGAAGCAGAUUCUAUACAGCGGGACAGCGCUUUCCGCCUCUGGGGGAGCGAUCCCCCCGACCGCACGACCCCACGCCACUGGGUCCUACGGAGCCUGGACUUUCAGGCGGCACAGCGGCAUCUUGUGGGGGCCUGAGCACCGCAGAGGAAUUGCACCGAAACUUUGCCGUUGUUGGAACGGGACGCUGCCCCCCACCCCGAGGUUCCCCGGACAGCGCACUUUGGGGACGCGCUCGGCUCACCCCGGACUCGCACCUUUCGUCCCCCACCCGGCCAUAGCCUUGGCUUCCCGGCGACCUCAGCGUGGUCACAGGGCCCCCCCUGUGCCCAGGGAAAUGUUUCAGGCUUUCCCCGGAGACUACGACUCCGGCUCCAGGUGCAGCUCCUCACCCUCUGCCGAGUCUCAGUACCUGUCUUCGGUGGACUCCUUUGGCAGCCCACCCACCGCCAGCGCCUCCCAGGAGUGCGCCGGUCUUGGGGAAAUGCCCAGUUCCUUCGUGCCCACGGUCACCGCGAUCACAACCAGCCAGGACCUCCAGUGGCUCGUGCAACCCACCCUCAUCUCUUCCAUGGCUCAGUCCCAGGGACAGCCCCUGGGCUCCCAGCCCCCAGCCGUCGACCCCUAUGACAUGCCUGGAACCAGUUACUCCACGCCAGGCAUCAGUGGCUACAGCAGUGGCGGAGCCAGUGGCAGCGGUGGGCCUUCCACCAGCGGGACCACCAGUGGACCUGGGCCUGCCCGCCCAUCCCGAGCCCGGCCUAGGAGACCCCGAGAGGAGACGCUUACCCCGGAGGAGGAGGAGAAGCGAAGGGUGCGCCGGGAAAGGAACAAACUGGCAGCAGCUAAAUGCAGGAACCGUCGGAGGGAGCUGACUGACCGACUCCAGGCGGAGACAGAUCAGCUGGAGGAGGAAAAGGCGGAGCUGGAGUCAGAGAUCGCCGAGCUCCAAAAGGAGAAGGAGCGCCUGGAGUUUGUGCUGGUGGCCCACAAACCGGGCUGCAAGAUCCCCUACGAAGAGGGGCCGGGCCCCGGCCCGCUGGCGGAGGUGAGAGAUUUGCCGGGGCCAGCGCCCGCUAAGGAAGAUGGUUUCGGCUGGCUGCUGCCGCCCCCGCCACCACCGCCCCUGCCCUUCCAGACCGGCCAGGACGCACCCCCCAACCUGACAGCUUCUCUCUUUACACACAGUGAAGUCCAAGUCCUCGGCGACCCCUUCCCCGUUGUUAACCCUUCGUACACUUCUUCGUUUGUCCUCACCUGCCCGGAGGUCUCCGCGUUCGCCAGCGCCCAUCGCACCAGCGGCAGCGACCAGCCUUCCGACCCCCUGAACUCGCCCUCCCUUCUCGCUCUGUGAACUCUUGAGACUCAAAACAGACAAACACACGGGGGAGACUUGCAAGAGGAGGAGGAGGAGGAGGAAGAGGGGAGAAGGGGGACGAGGCUGAGCGGGUGCGUGGCUCCCCCGCCUCUCCUGCCGGACUCUGCAGCCCCCGCACCGCACCGCACCGGACAGGAGGGCCUCCUGGGUUUUGCGCUGCCUCUGGUGUCUGUGGCCCCGCGAGGCCAGGAAGCUGGUGACUUUGGGGGCAGCGGGUGGGGAGGGGAUGGGGGUGUCCAUCCCCAGCUGCCUGUUGGUCGUCUG